GCCACGUCAUUUUCUACAGUGCAGACAGCUUUCCAGCUGGAUUGUGUACAUUGACAUACAUCACGUUUACUCUUCUACACGUCAGCUGACGUGACCAGUUUUCGGAUUUGAAUCGAAUGAUGUUUUAAGCAUCUCACAGUCAAAAUGGUUUUGCUGACAAUGAUCGCGCGUGUUGCUGACGGCCUGCCACUGGCAGCGUCUGUCCAAGAAGAUGAACAGGCCGGUCGAGGAAUGAUGGAAUAUCAGAAUCAAGCAAAGCAGCUAUUCCGUAAAAUCUCCACCGACCCACAGCCACCAACUAGAUGCAGUCUGGAAACCGGACCUUUCAUAUUCCACUACUUCUUGGAACGUGGUGUGUGCUACCUUGUGUUGUGUGAGAAGUCCUUUUCCAAAAGACUAGCAUACACCUACUUAGAGGACCUACAGGGCGAGUUUGCAAGCCAGUUUGGCUCCCGAGUGGAAACAGUUUCAAGGCCUUACAGCUUUAUUGAAUUUGACACAUUUAUUCAAAAAACAAGGAAGUCGUACAUGGAUUCAAGAGCAAGACGGAACUUGACCAACAUUAACACAGAACUUCAGGAUGUACAGAGAAUCAUGGUGCAGAAUAUUGAUGAUGUCUUACAGCGAGGGAAGCUCUGUCAGGUACGUCUCAUUGGGGCUUUGGAUUUUCUCGGUGAUAAAGCUAGCAACCUAUCAACUUUGUCACAGAAAUACAAAAAAGAUGCGAAAUAUUUGAACUUGCGUUCUUCCUACUUCAAGAUUGGUGUGGCAGUCAUAGUUGUAGUGGUGUUCCUAUUGUUCUUCCGCUACUGGUUCCUGUGAUGAUCACACGACCCGUGAACUACAUGGAGCAUCACAUGACCACAGUUUGUGGCAAGGGGUCACAUGACUUGACUGUGCUACACGAUGUUCUCAGAAGCUUGAUUGAGCAGGAGAUGCAUAUUGUCAGUGCAGGAGAGGAGGAAGAUUGUAAACACUGAUGAUGCUUAAAUUCUGUGCCUACGCAGUGACAGUUUCCUGCCCAGGAUGUGACACGUGAUCGUCUACAUGCUUUGCUGCAUACUAAUAAUAAUGUGAGCCAUAACUGCAUCAUUAAAUCAGACACUAUGUACAAUGUUUAUGUAUCUGGUUUAAAACAUUUGACAGUCUCCACACAUUGUCUGUAAUAAUUUACAGGGUUAAUACGUCUAUGGUAUUGUUGACAGGGUGGAGACAAUUACCGACAUGCAAGAUGCUACAAGGAGUGUUGAACUAAAUAAUUCAAAGAGUUACUUCCCUUCCCCAGUCCAUCUACCGGUACUUAUAUGUCAGUGACUUACAUUUGUUAACUAGAUAUGGAGGACCUUCAUGUUCUUCACCUACUAAUUCCUAUUUACCUUUAUGUAAUUUGGUCGCCGACCUGGCCUGACCUCCAAAGUGAUAAAAUAAAGAUAUUAGUUAAUCGGAUGGGAAGCGAAUACCAUCGUCUAUCUGUGCCACAAGUGACUCACAUCUAGUCCUAGCACAGUCGUAGCGGAUAUCCUGUCUGAUUUCAGUUAAUUCUCUCUGAGCUAAUUAGGAUAAGGUAUAGAGUAAAGUAUUCUGGCAUGGACUGAUCUGUCAUCACACUGAUUGUGUCAUUGAAACAUGAUUGCACAAAUUCCUUUUUUGUCAGAUGUACAAAUGUAUGCAUGUUACUUCAGACCUUAAUAAAGAUGAAAGAUCUAAUAUUUAA